AAAGUUAUUAGUUUGAAACAAACAUUUCAUCAUCAUACAACCAAAAUAAGAAAAAGAACAAUCAAGCAAACAAACCAAUAGCAUUAUGAAAUUUUUUGUGUGUGUUGCUACCGUUGCCUUGUGUUUGGGGGCUGCUGCUGCCGGCAGACCUUCAACCAAAUAUUUACCACCUAAUUUUGCAGCUGUAGGUGCUGGUGGUUCUAGCCAAUAUCCUCAUUAUCAUGCUGUUAGCGGUGGACGUGUUGCCCCUAGUGCUGGUCAUCAGUAUGCUGUCGCUGCUUCAGCUCCUGUACAUGCAGCCUCAUCACAGUAUGCUCAUAAUAGAGCAGCUGCUCAAAUUCCCAUUUUGAGAAAUGACUACAGCAAUGAUGGCAGCGGCAACUACAACUUUGGUUUCGAAACUGGCAAUGGUAUUAAACGUGACGAAAGUGGACACUUCCAAGGAUCUUGGCCAGGUGGUUCUUUAAACGUUGCUGGUUCCUACUCUUACACAGGAGACGAUGGUAAACUCUACUCUGUCAACUACAAGGCUGAUAGCAAUGGUUUCCAUGCCGAAGGUGAUCAUUUACCCACCCCACCUCCAAUUCCACGUGAAAUUCAAGAAACAUUGCAUUUACAUCAACAUGCUGGUAGCCAGCCAGGUUCAGCUGGUUCUUAUUCAGUACCCUCUAGCUAUUCUGGUGGUGGACAUCGUGCUCCCGCUGCCAAUUAUGCUGCCGCUAGCCAUCAUUCUGCUGCUAAUGUGCGUGCUCCCAAUGCCAACUAUUUGCCACCCCAACAAGGCCAAGGUUAUAACUAUGGCAGACGUCAUUAAUUUAAGUAUUCCUUUUUGACAUGCUCACCCUAACACCCCGCCACCCAAUUACCGUCAUAGUAUUGAUGUUAAUAAAACGUAAAUAAAUUUUAUUUUUGUAUAAUACUCUUAAAUUUAUAAAAUAU